AUGGUUCGUGCUCUUAACUGGGCUUUUCCUUUUGAUAUGUCAGGUGAUAGCCACGCCAGUGGAGAGGGCAAAUCGACCAACAAGAACGGAGGAAAUAAGGGGAAACAAAACUCUCCACCCCCGACACGCCCUACUCCCACUUCCACAUCACGACCUGCCCUGAGCAAAACAACGAGCACUAGCCCACCAACAUCAACGUCGACAUCUGCCCUUGUGCGGCUCUGGAGCUCGAUUCCAGAGGCUGAUACAGUCAGGAUAAACAGCGUCAUGGGUAGAGAAACUGACCCCGGUGUGACGGCAAGGCUUCGGGCAACUUCGUUAUAUGGUUGCACAGCCAUAGUCGUUGUCGAUGAAUUAGGAAUGGUUCUCGGCCAUAUUGCUCAAGAAGGCAAAGGAAACAACAUAUACACCUUGGAAUCGAUACCACAGGUCGGGGAGUAUCUUACGACGUUUGUAAAGCACGGGGGCUUAGUGUUUGACUUUGGCAGAGAGACUCACGCAAUAAUCUACUAUUCCAGAGGAAAGGCUUCCUUUACAGGAGGCAGAAUCGACAUUGGGCUUAACUGCAUCAAAAACUAUCUUGUCACCCUAGGCGUCCAGGAAGCAAAUGUGCAUUUCUCGCAGUAUACAUCAGGCGGCCCUACCGUCGGUCCUCGCAGCAAACUUGUGGUGGAAAGUGUCUAUAACAAUAACGCAAGGAGAACAAACGUAUAUAUUGCGAAGGAAGACCCUAUUUGGCAAAGAGACUUUACCAAGCCACUCAGGCCAGCGCGAUUCAACUUUCAGCCGGGACCGCCACUUCCUCGGCUCUCGCAUAAUGAUCAGGUGGCCUUUGAAAGGCACUGUGAUUUCGCAGCCGGUUAA